AUUUGUUGACGUUGGAGCAGUCGGUGUCUUCACGUCACACAGGCCGGUCGACGCUCCUUCUCUACCCCCUUUUAUCUCGCUCCUACGGAUUCCCAGACGCGAUGCUCGACGUCCUGUACAGCAUCCCCUUCUUUGUGCUCGACAUCCCGAAGUUGAAGUUGAAAAAGCCGUCAUGGGUGGCCAUUCCCUCCCCCAUGGCGAUGUUUGCCUUCGUUCUGCUGUCGUAUUUCCUCGUCACGGGAGGUAUCAUUUAUGAUGUGAUUGUCGAACCUCCCAGUGUGGGCUCUACAACAGAUGAACAUGGACAUUCUCGGCCUGUUGCUUUCAUGGCCUACAGAGUGAACGGACAGUACAUCAUGGAGGGUCUUGCCUCGUCCUUCAUGUUUGCGCUGGGAGGCAUUGGAUUCAUUGUCCUGGAUCACACGCACGUCCCAUCAACGCCAAAGCUUAACAGAAUCCUCCUUAUCAUCAUUGGGUUCGCAUGCGUCAUCAUUGCUUCUAUUGCCUGCUACGCCUUCAUGAAAAUCAAACUUCCUGGCUACUUGAUGAGCUGAGCUGCUUAUGCUACUACUCUGUGUUCCUGGAGCACACUCAUGCGUGGAAGGAGUCUGUGGUCUGUGCUGUAUGAUUUAAGAAGAAAAGUUUUUCAGUUGAUAUAUUACUUUUGAAGUCUGUAAUUGCAGAUUAAGGGAACAACAUUUGAUGUUAAUUGAUGAGAAAUGUAUGCUGGAUCAUAAAAGAUUUGAUAUUGA